AUUUUCAUGAACGUAACCAUAGCAUCUGCAUGCUAUGGAUACUACUAGUACUAGAGAUAGAUUGAGAGAGAGUCCUCAAAAGAAUCAAAUGUUGGAAACUGUUCCAAAUUGUUAUGGAAUAUGGAAGGUCACUCGUAAAACAGUAUCAUCAUCAAUAAUUCCACAACGCCAAAGCGUCUCUCCACUUCAUCUCUCUUCUCAUACAAGCUCCAAUUUCAUCUGCUUCCAAAUCCCUUCACCUCGCAAUGCGUUACACUUGCACAUCUUCUUCCUGCCGCCGCCGCGGCGAUGGAGUUAGAACCCUAGUUUUAGUCGGAAAAGCAGGCAACGGAAAGAGCGCAACGGGCAACAGCAUCAUUGGCCGCCAGGUGUUCGACUCAAUGCCUAGCUUAGCUGGCGUCACUUCUACCUGUCAGCUGCAGACCACCGUGCUAGGCGACGGCCAAAUUCUCAACGUCAUAGACACUCCUGGUUUGUUUGAUUCUUCUGUGGAACAUCGCUUGAUGGCUAAGGAGAUUGCGCAAUGCAUCAAUUUGGCCAAGGAUGGAAUCCACGCGGUUCUUCUAGUCCUGUCGUUGAGAAACCGUUUCUCUGAAGAAGAGGCGUCGGCUUUUGAGAGCUUGUGCCAAAUCUUUGGCGGCAAGAUUGCUGAUUAUAUGAUUGUUGUUUUUGCUCAUGGUGAUGUUCUAGGAAAUAAUCAGUGUCUCGAUGAUUUCUUGGCUCGUAGUUGCCCUAAGCAAUUGAUGAAAACUCUGGCAAUGUGUGGGAAUAGAAUUGUUUUGUUUGAUAAUGUGAGUGAAGAUGAAGUCAAGAUUUUUAGACAGCGUGAGGAACUUCUCUCUGUUGUAGAGGCUGUCGUAGAGGAGAAUGGUGGUAAACAAUACACGAAUGAUCUGUUUGAUGAAGUGAAGAAUUCGAUUGAUCAAACUGGUGAAGUUGGAUGCCCGAGUAAAUCUCUAGCGUUGUAUGAAGAGAAGUUUGAGCGACUCAUUGAGAUGGUAAUGUUGGAUUUCAUGAAAAGAUGUAAAUAUUUUUUUGACAAAAAAGGAAUUUGUUCAUGCACUAGUGACACGACAUCCAUUUUUGCUUUGUGUAUAUUGUUUUUAUUUUUAUUGAAGGUUGAGUUGCGGCUGAGGGAGUGCAUUCUGAGGCUGGAGAAGCAGUUGGCCGUGGAGAGGGCUGCUCGGGCCAAGGCAGAGGUGAAGGCGCAGGCGGCUCAGACCAAAUCAAGAGACGAGAUGCUGAAGUUGAGAGCGCGCUUGAGCAGAGCUGAGGCAUUGAGCAAGGAGCUCCAAGAGAAGAUCAACAGCCAUAAGGGGGGAUUUUGUGUUGUUAUGUGAUGAAAAACUAUGAUCGUUUUGGAAGAUGUGUUAUAGUUGAAAUGAAACUGACUCUUGGAAGUUGAUUACUAUAUGCUGUUUUUUUGUCUAUUUUGAGAUUUCUUGGAAGCCAUAACUUUGAGGUGCUGGGGAGUUCGACUCGCUCUGGGCUGCCGAACUCGAAAUAUAGGACUAUCAAUUUUUGGGCUGACCCGAAAUGUCCAUUUUGCUUGUGGGCUCGGCCUGGCCCACUCAAAUUUAGUUUUCGAACCGGGCUGUAAUAAAUAAGUUUUAUUGAUUUUUUGGGCCUGGCA